UUGAUAAUAAUUAGACAGAAAGGUUAACAUUCAGAUUAAGAAGUUUGAACAAAGUGGUUACUUUGUUCUGCUUUGAUUUUUAUUUAAUUUAAAUCUUUGAAUAAGGCAAAAAAUUAACAUGGAAGAAGCAACAUUAAACGAAAACCCCAAAAAGAUUAAUCCGUUAGAUACAGCUAAUAUAGUAUCAAAGGUAUUAUUUUGGUGGUUGUUACCUCUCUUCAAAAAAGGAUACAGUAAGGAACUGACUGAAGAUGAUAUGUACCAGCACCGUAAAAGUCACGACUCCGGAGAUCUUGGAGAUGAGUUGGAAAAAAUAUGGAAUAAACAACUGACCAAAAAGAAGCCAUCUGUUAUUAAAGCCUUAGCCAAACGGUUUGUACCGGAAUGGAUAAUGUUGAAUUGCAUUAUUCUUAUUUCGGAGAGUAUCAGAAUAUCACAGCCUUUCAUGAUAACCCAACUUAUUUACGUCUACGAAUCCAACAAGAUCAACGACGACAAAAGCGACGUCUAUAUGUAUGCACUAUUAAUAAUCGUAACCUCAUUCAUAACCAACAACAUGGCACAUAACUUCAACUUGCUCAACAGCCAGAUGGCUCUGAAGAUGAGAGUUUCUGUUUGUUCGUUAAUCUAUAGAAAAGCCUUGAGGUUAAGUAAGUCUGCCUUGGCGGAAACUACUAUUGGACAAAUGGUUAAUUUACUAUCUAAUGACGUAGACAGAUUCGAUAACUCAAUUUUUUACUUCCAAUAUACGUAUGUCGCACCUAUAGAGAUGUUGGUGGUUAUGUAUUUACUUUAUCAUAAUAUAGGUACUACAGCCCUAGCCGGAGCAGUGUUGUUGUUGUCGAUAAUUCCUUUGCAAUUUUGGCUUGGUAAAAAGACGUCAAAAUUCAGGCUCCAAACUGCCAACAGAACUGAUGAGAGAGUAAGACUGAUGAAUGAAAUUAUAACUGGAAUACAAGUUAUUAAGAUGUAUACUUGGGAAUAUCCCUUUACAAAACUCGUCGAAUUUGUGAGAAUGAAAGAAAUGAAGUACAUUCGAUUUACCUCAAUUAUUCGGGCAAUACUUAUGUCUUGCGCUUUGCUGCUAAACAGAUGCGCAGUGGGUAUAUGCAUCCUUGUCUACGUGUUAACUGGUAAUACCUUAACUGCUACUUAUGCCUACGCAAUCACAUCAUACUACAGACUCCUGUAUACUGUGACCAAUUACUUCCCUAGCGCAGUGUCUCUAUCAGCUGAAUUAUAUGUUUCCAUAAAGAGAAUACAAACUUUUUUGUUGUACGACGAAGUAAGUGCUGAAAUUGCUCCACCUACAGAAACCUUUUCGGCAAGCAAAGGAAGCAAGUUAUGGCUUACUGGAGGUAGCAAGGCGACCCUAAAUACAGGAAGUAAGCUUACCUUAAGUGGUGAACCAAGACUUCGAGGCCCUGACGCAAGUAUAAGCAUUCGAAAUGCUUCAGCCAAAUGGCUUAAAUCAUUAAACGAAAAUAAUUUGGAUAACAUAAAUUUCGAUGUCAUAGCUGGUAAUGUAGUAGCUGUUAUAGGUACUGUAGGAAGCGGAAAGACUACCUUACUUCAUGUAAUAAUGAAAGAAUUAGAGCUGCAAAGUGGUUCCGUAAACGUCAGAGGAAUAGUAUCUUACGCCUCUCAAGAACCUUGGCUGUUUGGAGGCAGCAUUCGACAGAACAUCCUUUUCGGCCAAAAAUUCGACCAAAGAAAAUACGAUGAUGUAGUUAGAGCUUGUGCAUUGAAACGAGAUUUUAAUCUUCUUCCUCACGGAGAUAGAACUUUAGCAGGGGAACGUGGAGUCACCUUAAGUGGAGGACAAAGGGCUAGAAUCAACUUGGCAAGAGCUGUUUACAAAGAUGCUGAUAUAUAUUUACUGGAUGAUCCUUUAUCUGCUGUCGAUACUCAUGUUGGAAAACAACUUUUCGACGAAUGUAUAUGCGGUUAUCUUAGUAGCAAAUGUGUGGUACUAGUUACCCACCAACUGCAAUUUUUAAAAAAAGUCAAAAAUAUUUAUCUAAUGAACAACGGUAAAAUCGAAGUCUCUGGUCCUUACUCACUUUUGAAGAACUCAAACAGCGAAUACAGCAAACUCUUAGCGAAUAUUGAAGACGAAGAAGAAGAAGUCAGGCGCAGGUCUAGGAUGAUUUCGAUGAGCAGUGAAAGUGAAGGCAUGGAUGACGACUUUCAAAUUAUGAACAAGGAAAAAAUUGGAAGUGGUACGAUUUCCAAACGUGUUUAUAUUAACUUCGCCAAAGCAGGUGGCAACGUUCUCAAAGUUGUUGCACUAAUAUUUGCCUUUCUCUUUAGUCAGCUUCUGGAUAGCUCGGCUGAGUAUUUUGUUUCCAUUUGGGUAAAUGUUCAGCAGAGAAUGUCACAUCUUUCCAAUGUUUCGCAAAUACUAGACGUAUCGAAUACAACUGACAUUUUAACCACAACCACUAUUAGUUUACCGUUAAAUAGUACCGCCACGACGCUAAAUCUUACCAAGGAUGACCCAUAUGCAGACUGGUGGCUAACUCCUAUUUUUACUGACAAUACUAUGUUCUAUUACGGUAUUCUCGUUCUAGUCAUUAUUACAUUGGUGUUGAUACGUUCUUUAGCCUUCUACAGCUGGAGUUUAACGGCUUCGACAAGGCUACACAACAAAAUGUUUGCUAAUGUAGUAUACAGUCCAAUGAGGUUUUUCAAUGUCAACCCUUCAGGAAGAAUUCUUAAUAGAUUUUCCAAAGAUAUUGGAUCCAUAGACGAGGCGUUGCCUAGGACUUUGUUGGACACAGUGCAAAUUGGUCUGAUGGCAAUCGCAAAUAGUUUCGUUAUUGGAACAUUGACAGUUUGGAUUCUCAUUCCUACAAUAUUAAUUGCAAUAUUGUUUUAUUUUAUACGAAAGGUUUACGUUAGUACGAGCAGAAAUGUAAAGAGAGUGGAAUCUGUUACUAGAAGUCCAGUAUUCACGCAUCUCUCUGCCUCUCUGCAAGGCCUAACAACCAUAAGAGCAUUUAAAGCUCAAGAAAUACUGAAAAAUGAAUUCGACAACUACCAAAAUUUAAACAGUGCUGCAUACUUUCUUUAUUUCUCUUGUGCCAGGACUUUUGGAUAUUGGCUGGACUUCUUUUGUUUGAUAUACUUUACAAUGGUUCUAGCAUCUUUAAUAUUUAUUGAAGGGGAACAAUAUGGAGGAAACAUGGGUUUGGCCCUAACUCAAGCUAUGGCAAUAACUGGUAUAUUACAAUAUGGCAUGCGUCAAUGGAGUGAGUUCGAAAACCAAAUGACAUCUGUCGAAAGAGUGCAGGAAUACGCAGACUUGGUACAAGAGGAAGACGAGCAUUCUAGUGAACCAGCUAAAACAUGGCCCGAAGAAGGAAAGAUUGAAUUCAAUAACAUGUCUUUAAAAUAUGCCCCAGAAGAUCCAGCAGUUCUCAAAGGACUAAACUUUGUUAUACAACCCAAGGAGAAAGUUGGUAUCGUAGGAAGAACUGGAGCAGGAAAGUCAUCUCUAAUCCAAGCACUGUUUCGAUUGGCCCAUAUAGACGGAAGUAUUUUAAUUGAUAGGGUUGAUACUAAGAAGAUCAGUCUAAGAUCGCUCAGGUCGAAGAUUUCUAUAAUUCCUCAAGAGCCUGUUCUGUUUUCAGGAACGCUCAGAAAGAAUUUGGAUCCAUUUGACGAAUAUAGUGAUGAGGUCCUCUGGAAUGCUUUGGAAGAAGUAGAACUAAAACAUGCAGUUGACGAGUUACCUCAGGCUUUGGACAGUAAAAUGGCAGAAGGAGGUUCAAACUUCAGUGUUGGUCAAAGACAAUUGGUGUGUUUAGCAAGAGCUAUAAUAAGAAACAACAAAAUUCUCGUUUUAGAUGAAGCCACAGCAAACGUAGAUCCUCAAACUGAUGGUCUAAUUCAAAAAACAAUUCGACAAAAGUUCGCUGAGUGCACAGUACUGACUAUUGCUCAUAGAUUGCACACUAUUAUGGAUUGUGAUAAGGUUUUGGUGAUGGAUGCUGGUAAAAAUGUCGAAUUCGACCACCCUCACGAUCUCCUUCAAGAUACCAAAGGAAUCUUUUACUCGUUGGUGAUGAAAACUGGAAAAGCCACUGCGAAGAAUUUAAUAGCAGUAGCAGAGCAAAGUAAAAAAGAAAAGAGCCAGAAGGUUUAAUGAAUAUAAUUUAAGCUUUAAUAAAACGAAUAGUUUAUAGUUAGGUCGUUAAAAAUUUUAUUUAUUUUAUUAAAAUUUUAAAUAA